AUGAUGAAAUUUUUUAUAGUAUCAAUUCUAUUCACAACAUUACUCUCAUGCCAAGUUUAAUAUAACAAUGACAUCAAAUUUGAUUUCAGCAAAGCAUAAGCAAUUAAUUUGGCAUAUGGAAAUGAUGGGAAAUCCUUAUACAUCACCUUGUGCGGACUCUUAAAUUACAAAUGCGAGAAGCCUAAAUCCACUAGAAUUUUAGAAGAAACUAAGUCUGAUUCAUCUAAUACACCCACUACUAAUACUAAUACUGAAACCACAACUACAAAUGAAAAUGAAAAUAAAACAAAUACAGAUGCAGCAAUUGAUACAAAUUAAGAUGGCAACAUUGACAAGAGUAAUACGACAACUUCAACAGAUACUAACACUCCUGUAUUAGAUGAUAAAACAAGCGAAUCUCAAGUCAUCGAAAAUAAAACAAGUGAUGAUAAAGAUGAUGAUGCAAAUGUUCUGAAAUAAGUAGAUAAUGAUUAAACAUAAUCACUUAUUGUUGCAGAAAAGAACACGUGUACUCCUUAUUCUGAAUAAAACAAUGUAGAUGCAAAUCAACUAACUUUAUUGGUUGAAAAUAAACCAUUUUAAGGACUAGUUAUUGAAAGAAGAGGAAUAGUAGAAAAGGAGACCUUUAAAUUAUAAUUGAAAUGCUCUGAAUCAGAUGCAAUGACAGUAGUAGACACUGAUAAAGAUGGAUAUCUAUUCAUCCUAACGACAUCGUCUGCUUGUCCAAUCUUAGUUUAUAAUCCUAUUACUUAAUUCUUUAUUGAUUUCAAAUGGCUAUUCAUCGUAAUUCUUUGGGUGGUUGGAAUAUUCUUCCUACUUUUAGGAUACUAAUUAGCAUAAUUGUCAUCUAUGAUUCUUGCUAUUCUAAUGGGUUUUGGAUUCACAACCAUUGUCAUUGGAGAAGCCACAUUAAAUAGCAACUCUAGUCAUGCAGCAACCUGGGUUGUCAUAGGAUCAGGAGUAUUAGUAGCUUUCAUAUACUUCAAUGCUUCGAUGUAGAGAUUCUUUUUCCUUCUAUUUAAUUUUGGAUUCAGUGUUGGAGUAAUCUUAUCUUUGAUGGUUCAAUCAUUGUUUUAUUAUUCAAUAGAAACAGACUUGAUGUUCUUCCCUUUAUCAAUCUCCAUCAUUGUUUCUGGAGGCAUUUUAGGUUUGCUUGGUCUCAGAUAUAACCUCUAAAUGGGAAUUGUAUCUACUUCAUUAGUUGGAGUAAGUAUAUCAUCAUAAAUUAGGCUUAUUGCUUAAUAAGACCUAUUUGCUUUCUUGUAGGAGGUUACCCAAAUGAAUUAUUGUUGACUAAAUAGGCUGAGUAUGGAUUUGAUAUCAAUAUCGGCUAUUCAGUUUAUGUUUAUAAUGUUGUGAUCAUCUUAGUGGCCAUAAUUUGUGGAGUCUUUUAAAGAAGAUAACAUCUAAAAAGAGUGGCUCUAGACGAUCAAUUAUAGGCUGACAUCAAUUAUUAUGAAAUGGGUAAUGUAGAAGAUGAAGAAAAAUAAGUAAAUUGUGUUACCCUAUUCAAUAGAAAAGAUAAAGUAAAAAUAGUGAUAAGAAUGUGACUGUCAUUUUUGCUAAACAUCUUGAAAAUUAAGGAGAAGAACUUUAAGAUAAGAAACGACACUCUCAUUUAACUGGAAGUGAUAUCAAUGAAUGA